ACUGCACUUAUUUGUCCAUCGUCACUCGUCAAUCUCUCACUCCUUCUACAUCACCUUUCUCUCUUCCUCAACCCCAAUCAAAACCCUAGAUUCUGAUUCCACCAUUCUCACUCUAAUCCACUUCACCCAAACUUGCAAUCUGCAUCCCCAUCUCGCAAUCAAGAAACCCCUUUUCCCAUUAUGGCUGAGGUUGAUCAGAACACAGGUGAAUUCGAGGCGGAGCAAGUAAUUGAGAACUCAGAGCUGCCGGAGGAACAACACGAAGGGCGUGUCGAGGUUGAGCAGCAACAGGUUGAACGGCCUAUUGCUGCUGCUGAGAAGAAAUGGCCGGGGUGGCCCGGGGAGAGUGUGUUCCGAAUGCUAGUUCCGGCGCACAAGGUUGGGGGUAUAAUUGGACGCAAAGGAGAAUUUAUUAAGAAAAUUGUGGAGGAGACGCGAGCUCGCGUUAAAAUUCUUGAUGGUCCUCCGGGAACUCCAGAAAGGGCUGUAAUGGUAUCAGCUAAAGAGGAGCCCGACUCUUCUCUCCCUCCUGCUAUAGAUGGCUUAUUGAGGGUUCAUAAACGGGUAAUUGAUGGUUUGGAGAAUGAUUCUACCCAUGCUUCUUCAGGUGUUGUCGCGAAGGUUUCUACAAAGCUACUAGUGCCAGCCUCACAAGCAGGAAGUUUAAUUGGGAAACAAGGAGGAACUGUAAAAUCUAUCCAAGAAGCGUCAAAUUGUAUAGUUAGAGUUCUUGGAGCAGAAGACCUGCCUAGUUUUGCUCUUCAAGAUGAUAGGGUGGUUGAAGUACUUGGGGAUCCCACUGGAGUGCAUAAGGCAGUAGAACUAAUUGUAUCUCACUUAAGGAAGUUUUUAGUUGAUCGCGGUGUAAUUCCAAUUUUUGAAAUGAAUAUGCAAACGGCUAAUUCCCAUCAUGUGGAGCACAUGCCUCCCCACCAAUCAUGGGGCCCUCCUCAGGGUCUUCCACCAAAUGCUGGUGGAGGUCCUGGUUUUGGACCUCCCCCUCCUCAAUACAUGCCGCCUCCGCGACAGCAUGAUAAUUACUAUCCACCAGCUGAAAUGCCUCCUCCUGUGGACAGACAGCCUCAUUAUGGUAUAUCUGCCUAUGGAAGAGAUGCUUCAGUCGGUGUUCAUGCAUCUUCAAAUACCCAGUCUGCACCUUCCAUAGUCACACAGAUCACACAACAAAUGCAAAUUCCUCUGUCUUAUGCUGAUGCUGUUAUUGGAACUGCUGGAGCAAGUAUAAGCUAUAUCAGAAGAGCUAGUGGGGCUACUGUUGCCAUACAAGAAACAAGAGGUGUUCCUGGGGAGAUGACAGUUGAAAUCAGUGGAACUGCUGCUCAAGUCCAAACAGCGCAGCAACUGAUACAGAAUUUUAUGGCUGAAGCUGCGCAAGCACAACCAGCACAAGCACAGCCUCAAACAGUUGGGCCUCCUGACCAAGGAUACAAUUCUUACCCUGCUCAUGGUUCUGUCUAUACGUCUCCACCUUCCAAUCCAGGACAUGCUGGAGGCUAUGGCUCAGCUUAUGGUGCAAACUAUGGGUACUAAACUGGGCAGUGCAACUAAAGUCAUCAUUGUUGAAAUGUAGAAUCCUGGGAACUUAUUUCAUGUAACAAUUUAACAAUUAUUAGGACAUUGUGUUUCAUGUUUUGUUUCUAAAUAUAUAAAAAUUGUGAUUUUUAUUUGAUAUUAGUUUUCUGUUUGUAUUGGUAAAUCUUCGGACAGGUUUAAACAAACUAUUUGUGGCCUUCUAAUGUUUGAUUCA